AUGCCUACUUUAAAAACUUUUAUACAUACAUUAUACAUAUUAUUUUUAUUGUUUAAAAAAUGUAACGAAAAAUAAUUAGAUUAUUUAUUAACAAAUUUAAAUUUAAUAAUUCGAAAUAAAUCUUAUGAUUACGCUCUCAUUCGCCAAGAAAUGUCUUAUAAAACACCAAUUUAAUUAAUACUAAAAAUGCUUUUAAUUUAAUUUAUGUACUUAUAAAAUAAUGCUGUUACAUUUGAUGAAUAUUUUAUACAUAAUUAAUCUUUAAAAUAAGAUAAAUUGUGUGAAAAUUUAUAUUAUUUAGAUUCAUAACUUUAUGAAAGAUGGUUAAGUCCAAUAAAUUAUUAUAAUGAAUUUCGAUUAACUCCAAGCUAUUUUUCAAAAUAGAAAUAAUAGUAAUUAAUUCUAAAAGAAACAAAAAUUAGUUUAUAUGAUUUUAGUAUUUCUUUUUCAGUAAUGACAAAUUAUGAAUAGGUUGAACUAAUCAAAAGUUGGGUAUAAAGUAUGAAUGAUUAAUAAAAAUUUAAAUAGUUAAUUCCUUUCUUUUUUAAUAUAAUUAAGAGGGGGGAGAAUCCAAAGAAGUUUAUAUAAUUAAUUAAUAAAGAAUUAGAAUUAAACUAAUCUUUAUUUAAAAAUGGAUUGAAUAUGAAAGCUUUGUUUUAAAUUUUUUACAAUAACUCAGACUAUGAAUUACAAGUGAUGCUUUUAAAAUUUUAAUGCUAAAAUUAUCCAGUUCCAUUAAUCUUUUAAAAUUAAGAUUUAAGUAAUAUAAAAAAUAAAGAAGAAAAUUAUCUGCUUAAUGAAAAAUUGUAUUAUAUUUUUCCAGAAUGUUUUCCCAUUAUAAAUAUUUCUUUAAGUGAAAAUUAAACAACAAUAGGAAAAACAGAAUUAAUCAACAAAAUCUUUUAUGAAAUGGAUGAAUUUGAAACGUUAGACACGUGUGAAUUAAAUAGAAAUACAAUAGACAUUAUGUUUGAUUUUAGUUUUUGUGGCUCUAGAUAAUUUUGCAUAGCAGAUACUCAUGGAUUUAUUCCCAUUUCUAUUCUAAGUAAAUUAGUUCCAUUGUUUAAACUUUGGAUUAUUUAACUAGAUUCAGAAAAAGAAUUGUUGGAUACACUAAAUAAAAUAUAUGAACUCUUUUAUCCUUUUUAAAAAUAAAAAAUUCCAGAAAUUUGUUUGGUUAUUAGAAAUUCAAUAGAAAAUACUCGAGAAAAUUUUAUAAAUAAUUGGAAGGAGAAAACGAAAGUCAGUUUAAAAUUGAAUAGCAAAUAGUCUGAGAUAUUUAACAAUAUAAAUAAUGUUCAUUGUAUAAUUGAUUUAAAAUCAAAAAAUAUCAGCAAAGAAUCCAAAGAAACUGCUAUCGAAGAAUUUUAAAAUUUUAUUUUUGAAGUUACAUUGAAAAUAUUAAAUAAAGAUAAAAAAUAAUAUAUAAAUCAAAAUAAUUAUUUAGAAAUCAUAAAAGGUUUUAAUACUUCUUAUAAAUAAGUUUCAGAAUAAAUUGAGAGUGAUGGAAUUAUCAUGGCUAAUUUGGAAGAUGAACUCAAAAAGUAAAUAAUUACAGAAAACGGAUUUUAUAGUAUUACUUCAUUUCCUUUACGUUCAAUUCAUUGGUAAAUAAAUAAUUCAAAGGAAGAGUUAGAUUAAUUAUUUUCAUUAAAAGAUGAGAAAAAUAACAAAAAAAUUACUUAAAUUAAAGAUAAGAUAAAAGAAUUAGAAGAAUAAAUUAAAUCAUAAAAACCGACAAAAUUAUUAAAUUUAUUUUGUGAUUUAUUUGAAAAGAAAAAUAAUUACAUCCUUUAUUUAUCCUUUAUAGAUAAAAUAAGAUUAUUUAAUGAAUAGAAUACAUAUGUUAUUUAAGAUUAGAUUUAAGUUCUUAUUGAAUCUAUUUAAAAGUUAAAAAAAGAAAUAAGUUCCUUGAAAUAAAGUAAUGAUUAAAAUCCUACAGAUGAAGGGUUAAAAAAAUUAAUAAAAAUGAAGGAUGAAAUGAAAAAAUAAAAUGAUAAACUUUUAUUACUAAAAAAAAAUAGAGAAUUUAAAAAUAUUGGUAUUGAAUUAUUUUGGAGAGAAUUGAUAUAAAUGAAAUAAAAAUGCACUUAAUAAGAAUUGAGAAUAAAUCCAGUAGAUGUAGUAUUUGAUAUGAUUAAAAAAGGAGAACCUUUUGAAUUUUUAGAUGGAGAUUAAUUAAAAAUUGAUUAAAUGUUUUUACAAUAAUUAACAGAUAAAUUUUCUUAAUCAGGAAAUGAAAAAGUUUUAGUUUUAAGUGUUUUAGGUCCUUAGAGUUCUGGAAAAUCAACAAUUUUAAAUAAAAUAUUUGGAUGUCAUUUUUGGACAAGUGUUGGUAGAUGUACUAAAGGUAUUUACCUUUAAUUGAUAAGAAUUUCAUAAAAAUAAUAUUUUAAUAAUCUUUUUGAUUACAUUCUUAUACUUGAUUCUGAAGGAUUACAAAAUCCAAAUUAAUAAAAUGAUGAAUUUAAUAAAAAAAUUGCAUUAUUUAUUCUUUCUAUUAGUGAUAUCAUUUUAAUUAAUGUUAAAGGAGAUAUUCACUCUCAAUUUAAAAAUUUAGUUGAAAUGUGUAUAUUUACACUUGGAUAAAUGAAUAAUGCUCUUGCAACAAUUAAACAAAUAAGUUGGUGUUUCAAUUAAAAUAAUGAUGUCAAUUUUUUUUCAUGUUUUUUACAUUAAAUCUAAGGAAUUGCAAAUAAUUUAAAUCAAGAAUUCAAUAAAACUAGUUAAGAAAGUUAGCACUAAAGUAAUUAAGAGAAUGAAAACUAAACAAUUGAUUAUAAUGAAGUUUUAGAUAUAAGAAAAGAAAAUAUAUAGAUUUUAGGAUUUGCAUCCUAUGAAAGAGGUUGGAAGAAUAAAGAAUAUGGUUUCGAAAAGAUUUGGAGAUAACUUAUAAAAAAUUAAACAUUUUCAGAAGAAGCCUAUUAAUAUGGAGUUAGAAUUAUUAAGAAUUAUGUACAAAAGAAAUAAUAAAGCAGCAAUAUGCCUAGUCUUCACUCAUUCAUUUAAAAUAUUAAUUAAAAUUGGUAAACUAUAUGUAGAUCACCUGAAUUACUUGAAUUUACAGAACUAAUUCAAUACAAGUAAGAUGAAUUGAUGAAAAAAUAAUUUACAAUCAUUUAUGACAGAUAUGAUUUUAAUUUUAAAAAUAAUAUUUAGGAUGAUAUCAAAAGGUAUAUUGAAAUUUAAAGAGAUAUAAAUAUGGAAACAUUUAAAUAACUUCAAAAAGAAAAAGAGUAAGCAAUUAUUGAAUAAUUUUCAUAAAUCGAAGAUGAAAUCAUAAUAGAAUUGUAAUAAAUAAAAAAGGAAUAGUAAAUUUCAAAAAAAAUAUUGGUUAAAUAUGAAAAUCGACUAAAGUAACAAAUAUCAACUGAAAUAGAAGAGUGCAAAAUGAUAAUUUUUAAUGAAAUCAAAGAACAAGAAACCAAAUUAUAAAAAAACAAAGGGUUUUUAUAAAUAGAUAAUUAUAUAUCUUCAAUAAGUGAAAAUACUACAGAAUUAAAAAAAUUAUAACAAAAUGACAAACUAAUUGGAUAAAAUUUUGAAGAAAUUUGGAAAGAAAUAAGUACGAAUUAGAUGAAAUAAAUGGAAGAGAUAUUUGAAGAGUUUUCAUUAAAGUAGUAUAAAUUAAUAUUUGAAAGAUUUAGUGUAUAUAAACUUAAAUCAGAUAUGGAGAAAGAUUAUUAAAAAUUUUUUAUUGAUAAAAUUAAUAAAAACUCGCCUUUUCAAAAUUAAUAAAUUGAAAAAGAAUAAAUAGUGGAAAUUUUUAAAAAUGAAUUAAAAAGUUAUUAAUUUGAAAUAUUUUAGGAGGAACUGUCUGGGAAAAAUGAAUGGAACAAAUUAUAUUAUGAGUUAUAUGAUAUUACUUUAAUGAAUAUGAGAUCAAAUCAAAAUAAAUCAUAAAUAUUCAACAAUAAUAAAAAUGACAGCGAUGAUGAAAUUAGCUCAAUAGAUAUCAAUUUAAUAUAAAUGAUCAUGUCUAAAAUUACGUUAACAGUAAACUCAUAUAAAAAAUAAUUUGCGAAAUUUGGAAUAAUUUUAAAUCAUAUUGGUGAAAGAUGUAUUUAUUAUUAUUCAAUGUUUCUAAUUUGGAGAUUCUCUUGCUAUAAUAAAUGGAAAAUGUUAAAAAAAAAUUAUGAUACAUUAUAAUAACAUAAAAGUGAACAAUUUACUAAAUAUAAAGAAGCAAUCAAAAGUAAUAAGGUUGAAUAAAGUUAAAUAAAAGCAUAAUUAUUUGCAAGGAUAAUAUAUUAAACAUUUAUUCAAGAAUAUUAUUAAAAGAAAAAAAAAGAUGUUAUAAACUUUAUUGAAACUAAAAAUAAAACAUGUUUUGAUAUAAUUAAAGAAUAAGAUAAAAGAUUAUUAGAAUAGUAUUAAUCUAAUUUUACUUAAAAAUAAAAGGAUGAGGUAAUGUUGUAUAUUACUGAUUAAAAAAAUUUUAUUGAAAAUUAUGCUAAUUAAACAAUAUCAAAUAUCAAAGAGGAAAUUACUAAAGAUCAUCAAAAUAAAUUAAAAUAAGAAUUACUAAAUUACUUAUUUGUUAUUCACUACAAUGUUAAUCUUAUUUCUACAUAAUUAUAAACUGAGUAAAAAUAAGGAUUAAAAACAAUAGAUUAUUUUGAAACCUAAGAUAACCAGAAACUUGUAGAUUAUGAAUUUGAAUAAGAAAUGUUUAAAAUAGUAAAAGCCUGUAUUUUCAAAGAAAAAUACUAGAAUCCAUAUGGAAAAUCUAUUAAGGAUGAUUAUUAAGAAUAUUUUAAUAUUUCGAAAUUCAAAGAGCUUUCGUCUAAAAUAAAUGUUAUCAUGCCUUCACCUUCAGAUAAUGAAAUAUAAUAAUUAAAGCCAUAUAUAUAAGAACUAUUAAAGUAAAUUACGAAAUACCUUGAUUAGAGUGAAAAUGAGAGAUUAAAUAUUAAUAAUUUUCAAAUAGAAGGAACCAUUGAUAAGAUAAAAUUUCAUAUGAUUGGAUGUAGGUAAUCUUGUCCGUUAUGUAAAAGAAAAUGCGAUAAACCUAUUGAUUAUAAUAAUUAUAAUCAUAAACAUUAAUGUUAAAAUGGACAUCAAUUAAGAGGUUUAUUUUAUUUAUUAUUUAGGUAUGAAUUUUGUAUUAAUUGAUAAUAAACCUUCAUUAUUUACUUGUGAAGAAAUUACUGAUGAUAUGUUGAUUACCACUCAAUAAACAAAUAAAGUCAGAUUUUGGAAAGAGAUUAAAUAAAUAUACAAUGAUUGGAAUUUUAAGACUCUUAUUCUAUAGAAUGAUGUUAAUCAUUAAAAAUAAGUAAAAGAUAAAAUGAUGAAUGUUUGGAAUGGUGGUAUUGGUUAAUUGAUAUGUAAUGUUUUAUCAAAUAAAUUCAAUAAAACUAUAGCUUUUAUAACAAAACAUGAUUUAGCUAAAUAUGAGUAAGAUAAAUCAAAAGUUCAUUAUAUUUUUAUGUUAGAUGAUUCAUAUUCUAUGUAAGGUUAAGCAUGGAAUAAUGCUAAAAAUGGAGUUUUAACAUGUAUGGAGGAGAUUGAAAAGAAUCCAAAUGCAAAAGUAAGUGUUAUCAUUUUCAAUUCUAAAGCAAGAGUUGCAAUAGAUUGUGAAAAAGUUAAUAUUGAUUCCUAAUAUGAUAAAAUAAUGAAAUCUGAUGAAUUAUUCUUUUUUAGACAUUGUAAUAUUGAAAUAGCAUUUUAAUUAGUUUUUGAUUAAAUUUAAAAAUAUAAAAAUUAGCAAUUCGAAAGGUACUUAAUUAUUAUAAAUAUAUUUUAGAAACUUAAUAUUAUUUUAUACUGAUGGUGGAUAUUCAUAUCCAGCAUAGGCAAUGGAUAAAUUGAUUUAAUUGCCAUUAGACUAAAAAAAGAACAUUUCAUUGAUUGCAUGCUCUGAAAAAAGCAAUCCAGCAACUUUAUCUCUUAUGGUAUCAAAUCUUAAAGAGAAUGGAUAUGUAGCUGAUCUUAGAGUUAAUAUUAAAUUAGGAAAUUUUUAAAAGGUAUGGUCAGAAAUUGUUUUGUAAGGAAUCCAUGUUUCAGAUUGA